UGGUGCCUUCAGACACGAUGAAGCUCUCCGUCCUGCUGUUGCUUUUCAUCUCGGCUGUCUUCACGACGGGUAUGCCGCCGGUCAGCAGGGAUUACAACACCCACUGUCGGUGCCCACAGGUGGAGACCAGGGUCAUUCCUCCAGACAGUCUGAAGAGCAUCAAGAUCAUCCCCAAAGGAGUUCACUGCCAGGUCACAGAGGUCAUAGCUGGCCUGGUGGGCGGGGAGAGGAUCUGUCUGGACGGCCAGGCCCCCUGGGUGAGGAAACUCAUUCACUAUGUUUUCGGGAAGAUGUCCACAAGGAAGGGAGCCCUUCUCCCGAAUAAACGUGGUUCAAGAGGAGGGACCGUGCACGUGAAACCUGCCUUGUGAAAGAAAAAAGUGGCUGUAAAGGUCAAGAUGUUGCUGUAAAUGUAAGUUACAUUGUGGCGUAAAGCUCCUUUAGUGAGGUGUCAAAGGAGUUUAUCGAAUACUUUUUCAAAGCAAAAGCAUUGCAACUUGUGUCAGUUGAGUCUCGCAGCGUGUCUGCAAUAUAAUAAUGUGCAAUAUUUCAAAAUGGCAUCUCUACUGGCUAUGUGUACUACAUAUUUUAAACAUCUAAAGGCCAUAUUGUUAAUGGGUUCAUGAUUGGGUGGGGAAAUGUAACCAAGUUUGCUGAAUGUUUUAUGGGAAUAAAAAGAUGUUUUUCUGUACAGAAAGGCAGAAUCAUGACGCACCCUUUCAAAUUAAAGCAAAUAUGUUACAUAGAAAAAUACUUAUAUAUAUGAAAUGUUCAUGGAGGAUUUUGAUAAUACUCUCAUGCCAUUGGUUUGGACGAUAUUGAAUGUAUGCGUGAUAUAAAAUGCAACGUAAUUGAUUGAUUGAUACAUAUUGAAGUGUAUUGUAUGUCGGCCUCCUGCGGUCUGGCACUAAACUAGAUUACCACCUGACCGGCGGCUUGCUCCCAGGAAAUGAAUGAAUAUAAUUUGUCCAUGGCACCUCAUGCUCCUUAUCUCUGCACUACAUGUAAGUUCCUGUUGUCCACGUACCUUGUGGCCUCAUGUCCAGUUUAAGUCUGUACGUUGUGUUUCUGAUCUGUUGUCACCAAA